GUCUUGUUACUUCCGGUAGCGAAGCCUCUACCUCUUCCUCUGCUCCCGCGGGGGUCUGUGCUGAGAAUAAUGGCCCGGUUGGCCCGGGACGAGUGGAAUGUUUGUACCCCGGAAAAAUAAGGUGAUAAAUACAGGCAAUCAUUGCGAAGUAAAGAAGUCAUCUAUUGUCAGUUAAUAUAUAACGAGAGAAUUUAGCCUAACCAGAGGCCCAUGGAAGCCAAAAUCUUUCUAUUCUUACACUGAACCUUCUUGCUGAGAAACAUUUGAGAUUAAUGAUGUUUUGCAGCAGUUUUCUACGUCUGAAAUUUUUUAUGUCUCUGGAACCCAGAAUUUGCUAAAAGAUGGAGGAACCUCAGAAAAGCUAUGUGAACACAAUGGACCUUGAGAGAGACGAACCUCUCAAAAGCACCGGCCCUCAGAUUUCUGUUAGUGAAUUUUCUUGCCACUGCUGCUACGACAUCCUGGUUAACCCCACCACCUUGAACUGUGGGCACAGCUUCUGCCGUCACUGCCUUGCUUUAUGGUGGGCAUCUUCAAAGAAAACAGAAUGUCCAGAAUGCAGAGAAAAAUGGGAAGGUUUCCCCAAAGUCAAUAUUCUCCUCAGGGAUGCCAUUGAAAAGUUAUUUCCUGAUGCCAUUAGACUGAGAUUUGAAGACAUUCAGCAGAAUAAUGACAUAGUCCAAAGUCUUGCAGCCUUUCAGAAAUAUGGGAAUGAUCAGAUUCCUUUAGCUCCUAACACAGGCCGAGCGAAUCAGCAGAGGGGAGGGGGAUUCUUUUCCGGUGUGCUCACAGCUUUAACUGGAGUGGCAGUGGUCCUGCUCGUCUAUCACUGGAGCAGCAGGGAAUCUGAACACGACCUCCUGGUCCACAAGGCUGUGGCCAAAUGGACGGCGGAAGAAGUUGUCCUCUGGCUGGAGCAGCUGGGCCCUUGGGCAUCUCUUUACAGGGAAAGGUUUUUAUCUGAACGAGUAAAUGGAAGGUUGCUUUUAACUUUGACAGAGGAAGAAUUUUCCAAGAUGCCCUAUACCAUAGAAAACAGCAGCCACAGGAGAGCCAUCCUCAUGGAGCUAGAACGUGUCAAAGCAUUAGGCGUGAAGCCCCCCCAGAAUCUCUGGGAAUAUAAGAUGGAGUUUUGCUCUUGUCAUCCAGGCUGGAGUGCAAUGGCGCGAUCUCAGCUCACUGCAAACUCCGCCUCCCAGGCUGUGAACCCAGGCAGGUCCCUGUUCCUGCUAUACGCCCUCAAGAGCUCCCCCAGGCUGAGUCUGCUCUACCUGUACCUGUUUGACUACACUGACACCUUCCUACCUUUCAUCCACACCAUCUGCCCUCUGCAAGAAGACAGCUCUGGGGAGGACAUCGUCACCAAGCUUCUGGAUCUUAAGGAGCCUACGUGGAAGCAGUGGAGAGAGUUCCUGGUCAAAUACUCCUUCCUUCCAUACCAGCUGAUUGCUGAGUUUGCUUGGGACUGGUUGGAGGUCCAUUACUGGACAUCACGGUUUCUCAUCAUCAAUGCUAUGUUACUCUCAGUUCUGGAAUUAUUCUCCUUUUGGAGAAUCUGGUCGAGAAGUGAACUGAAGACCGUGCCUCAGAGGAUGUGGAGCCAUUUCUGGAAAGUAUCAACGCAGGGGCUUUUUGUGGCCAUGUUCUGGCCCCUCAUCCCUCAGUUUGUUUGCAACUGUUUGUUUUACUGGGCCCUGUACUUUAACCCAAUUAUUAACAUUGAUCUUGUGGUCAAGGAACUCCGGCGGCUGGAAACCCAGGUGUUGUGACUGGCACUGCCCAGGCUGAGACUCUUCAAGUCCCGCUGACGUCUGAGCUUUGAUGCUUAAGAGGGGUGAGGCAGGGAGCGGACUUCCUAUUUUCUACCCUCAGUAAAACAAGGUGCUGCUUUGUAUAUCAAAAGCUCCAACCAUGUCCUCUCCCCCUCAGCCUGUGGGUGGCACGAGCAAGGACUGACAUCCGCACAGGGAGGAUUGUCUGUUUGGCUGACACAGCAGCAGCCCUUCCCACCCAGCCACCUUCCUCACAGGGACUAGGAGGCUCAGUCCCCAACGGCUGGCAAGACUCAGGGUCCUCAGUGUGGGUGACAUCAGAAGGGCGCCACAUCAGUCCCCUCCCCAACCUCAGUGACUGACAGAGGAUCCGGAUCUCAGAGCCUGAGACCAGGCUUAUUGGGGCCUGGCCUGGCCUCUAAGUCAAGUUUAGGAAAACAAGGAUAAGAUUCUGUCAUAGGCAUAGAGAGUUGCACAUAAAAAAUACCAAAGAAAACCCAAAAUUCAAUCAACAAUUCUGUCUUAUUGAAGAGUUGCUAGGAUUCAGAGUAAAACUCAAAAGGAUUCAGUUUGAGCCUAGAAUGAUGGUUAGACUUGUAGUCACUGGGCUUUUGUUUUGCUUUAUGGAAAUCAUUGAAGGUCUGGAUCCCUUUCUCUGAAUGGAGAGAUUGAGAGGGAUGUCAGGCAGUUCCCGUUAGAUUGAGUGGCCUCCAUGUUAUUCAGAAUUGUUUUAUUGAUACCUCACCCCUGUAAUCCCAGCACUUUGGGAGGGUGAGGCAGGCAGAUCACUUGAAGCCAGGACUUCAAGACCAGCUUGGCCAACAUGGUGAAACCUCGUCUCUACUAAAAAUACAAAAAUUAGCCAAGUGUGGUGGCACAUACCUGUAAUCCCAGCUACUUGGAAUUGGAAAUCGCCUGAACCCAGGAGGCAGAGGUUGCAGGAAGGGAGACUGCACCACUGCACUUCAGCCUGGGUGACAGAGGGAGACUCUGUCUUAAAAAAAAAAAAAAAAAAAAAAAAUCUGUAAAAUAAAUUCCGGGAUAGUCGUUUUGUUCAAGGAAAUGUUUUGUAAAUUGAGCUCACACUAUAUAAUCUUUAUUGUCCUAUCCUAAUGUAUAAUACAGCAGGUAUAAUUACACCAAGCGCUAUAGUUAUAAAUAUGGAAUGAAGUGAACUAUGGCCUUUUAUUUCCUUCCAGUGUGAACACAGCAGGUGUGAGAUGUCAUCUUGGAAGACAGGCCUUGCAGAAAUAGGCCUACAUCCAAAAUAUUAUCUUGUGACUCCAUGAACCAUUCAUUAACCCUUUGUAUCUUUGAGUGAAGAUUUUACUCAAAAGUUGCAUCUGGAAGUUCGAAGAAAUUACUUGAAAUAAAAAUAAAGAUUUUUAUAUAGAUAAAA